CUCUCUGUUACCUGUAGUCUGUGACUCUUUUGACAUAUUCGACGACUAUAAAUAUUUGGCCUUGUCCCUUCAAUUGGAAUCAUCAUCGUCUCCCUUCGCCUCACAACUCUCGAUAUCACCCAAACGCCAACACCAUGCUCACCUUCGGCAUCAUCGGCACAAGCUGGAUCACGCACUCGUUUGUCGAGUGCGCCCACAAAACCGCUGAAUGGGACCUCCGCGCCGUAUACUCGCGCAAGGAAGAAAGCGCCCGCGACUUCGCAGCCAAAUACCCCGAGCGCGCCAGCACCAUCAAAACCUACACCUCCCUCUCGGACCUCUUCGCCGACCCCUCCCUCACGGCAAUCUACAUCGCCUCCCCCAACAUCCUGCACUACGAACAAGCCAAGCAAAGCCUCGAAGCCGGCAAGCACGUCAUCCUCGAGAAACCCUCAUGCUCCACCACCUCCGAACUCACCUCGCUCUUCGCGCUCGCCAAAUCCAAAUCCCUCUUCCUAAUAGAAGCAUGGCGCCACAUCCAGGAACCCAACUUCUCGAUCCUCAAAUCCGCGAUCCAAACCAAGCUCGACGGCAAAAUAACCGGCGCCUCGCUCCACUUUGAGCAGUUCUCCUCGCGCUACGACAAGCUGCUCGCGGGCGAGCUCCCCAACAUCUUCGACCUCGCCAUGGGCGGCGGCGCGCUCGUCGAUCUAGGCGUCUACACCGUCGCCGCCGCCAUAUGGCUCUUCGGCGCCCCCACCAACUCCCUCUACUUCCCCGUCAAGCUGUCCAGCGGCGCCGACGGCGGCGGCCAUUUCAUCCUCACCUACGACUCCUUCACCGUCCAUCUCUCGUCCAGCAAAAUGUACGAUUCCUCGGCCCCCAGCGAGAUUUACGGCGAUAACGGCACGUUGAGUGUGCCUACCAUCACCGAUAUCCAGAGCGUGAGUUUUUGGGACCCCAGGAAGAAGGCGAGAGAGGUGCUUGGUGGGAGUGAGGGGAAAGGGGUCGAGCCCAAGUGGAAUCUUGUUGAUGAGGCGAGGGAGUUUGCGCGGAUUUUGAACCAGAGCGAUUGGGAGGCUGCGGGCGUUUUGGAGAGGCAUAGUGUCGAGGUUUUGAAGGUUACUGAGAAGGUUAGGAAGGAUAAUGGGUUGGUGUUUCCCGGGGGGAAGUAAUGAGCGUUCUGUGAGCGUGUGUAAUCAUAGGGAAUGUAGUUGAGUGAAGAGUCGGGAACUGGGUUAGAUGGGGUUUUUUUUUGGCUGUGCUAGAGAGUGUAGUCGAUAAUCCCAUAGCGUCUUGAUGCCUUGGCAGUCAACAGAUGAGUAACAAUUGCAUGCUCUUCUCCACUUGCAAAUUCUAUGGAAGAAAGAUAAGAGUAAAGACUAAGGACUAAUGGCCAGUGAUUACACCUUGCCUGGCCUCGUCUCUCCUUACCUUGCUUUACCUCGCUUUGCAUUGCAUUGCGUUGCCUUGCCUUGCAUUACUUGCUUUGCAUUGCAUUGCGUUGCGUUGCGUUGCCUUACUUUACUUUACUUUGCUUCUACUAUAUUUAUUAUUUUACUUUUUACUUUGUCUUACUUUACAUUGCUUUGCAUUGCAUUGCCUUACUUUACUUUGCUAUACUUUGCUUUGCAUUUUAUUACAUUUUAUUCUCUUGCUUUUUACUUUAUCUUACUUUACAUUGCAUUGCCUUGCCUUGCCUUCUUCUCACAACGCCUCCCCUUACCACGCGCCCUAAGAAAAUUCUCCCUAUAUUAAUAACUGCUAUCAUCAUCAUCGUAUUCGUUCACAAGCGGUCUAUCAAGCAAACCCACAAAUCCUAUUCAAAGUUUAACAGCCCCCUACCGUCAACAGACGAACAGCU